AUGCCUCAAUCAGCCUGUCGAUAUUACUUUCGCGCUCCUACGUUUGAUAUCAAACCAGAGAGCCCCGCGACAGCGCGACUGGGCAGCAUCUUCGCAAGUCUUGGCGAGUUGACCAACCCUCUUAACCAGCAUGAUGUCAUUGCCAUCCCUCGGAGCUCAAUCAAUGCGAGCCGUGUGCCCAAUUUCAAAGAGGUGGUCAAGAAAGGCAUUUCUGGCUCAGCAGGAAUUGUUGGGACUCUUUCUCACACACUCGUGCCGAGCGAAGUUCUGUAUACGUUUGCCAAAGACAAGACCACCACUUAUACGUGCGCCGCUAUGGAAACUUACGAGUUCGAAGCCAGUGAGCAAUAUGUAACAGAUAGCAUCACCGCCUCGUUACGUGUCCAGGAUUUUAUUUCCGCCUGUUUCAUCGGGAAUAACAAGGUGUAUAUGAUCACUGGGCUCAAGAUUGCUGAAGGCUUCAGCAUGUCCACUACCGACGCCGGUUCCCACGGUCCGGCUUGCAAAGUCGGCCUUGAUGCGCUGGCUAUGGGAGCCCCCAGCUUAAUUGGUCCUCGACUGAUGUUGCAACGAAGCGUGGACAGGGACGUUUCCCACGGUCCAUCCCCAUCCAAGGUUAUUUUUGCGUAUCGGGCGAUCGAGAUUGCGCCAAAGAGAAAUGGUAAAUUAAGAUAUAAGCCUCGUUUCGUCUACCUCUGUGCCCCUAGCAAGCAUGAGGAUGAAGAUGAAGAUGAAGAGGCAGGGUGGGAGCUUGAGCCGGUCGAGGAGAAACAGAUGCUAGAAAUGUAUCCUGGAGCGCUGACUGUGUUGGUGGAUUUGCAAUAG